AUGUCCACUUAUUGCAACCCUUUCAUUGUAGAAAUCGACAGGUUAUCCUUUAAUUUCAGAGGAAAUCAUGAUAGGUCCUUGUAUUGGAAGAUAGCUAAAAGUUUCCUUGGUUUGCCACAGAUUUCUCACAGCCAAGAAAGAAAAAAAGAUCUACUCCAUAAAAAUCGCAUGUUGCAGGAACAAAUUGCCAUGCUGAGAAUGGAGAGAGACAAAAUUAAAAAUCAGAAUGAGGAAAAUGAAAAGAAAUAUCUGAAGGACAUGGAAAUUACAAAAGAAAAGGAUGAUGACGUUCCAAUUAAUAGAAUACUGAAUUUGGAAACGUUAACUAAACCUGUAUCUCAGUAUGAUGAGCAGCUUCGUGUUCUCACAGCCGAGAAUGCAAUGCUAAAGUGUAAACUGGAGAGUGAAACACAAAACGAGAAAAGACUGAAAGACGAACUUGAAUCAUACCGUUCUAGACAGACUGCCACUACACGUGAUCUUGAUGAAAGUGAGACAUCGAGAAAACACCUAGAACUUGCUUUCCACACAGCAAGAGACGAGUGGUCUCACUUACAAGAUGAAAUGAAUUUUUACAUGUCGAAUCUAAAAGAAAAGUGCGAGAUUCUUUCUGAAAAACUUUCUAAAGUAGAAAGUAAGAUCGAUAGCCUAGAAACGGAGCUCCACCACACAAGAGAGCUCCUCCAAGAAAAGAUGUUGUUUUUAGAAGGUGUACAAAAAGACCUAAGGCAAAGACAGUGCCAAAUGAAGGAAAUCGAGCAAACGCGUUGCAGUGACCAAGGCAAAGUGAAUCCAUACGUUGGCAAGCAGGAAUCUCUAGAGCAGAGAUUAUGUGAACUACAAAGAGAAAAUAAGUUGCUUCGACAGCAACUA